AACAAUGUCUCCGAUGAUUAUUGACUUUAGCUUGGCUUAAAAUGGUAGCAGCGGAUAGGAUUAAUGACCAGCGAUUUGUGUCAAGUGCGUCGCUUGCGCGAUUCUAAUUGUUGGAGAUGCUUUGCCCACUCCCGAGGAAGGCUACAAACGUUAUGAUGGACACAAAGUCUACAGAGUUACCGCAUCGACCAGAGAGCAUCUGAAUCUUCUAAAAUUCAUCGAGGACCAGGCCAAAGAAGGUAUUUUGUUCUGGACGUCGGCAGGCGCGCUUAAUUCCGACGUGGACGUGAUGGUAUCUCCCGAACGAGAAGAUGAAAUACUCUCGACUUUCGAAAGCGUGGGCAUAUCCUACAAGACUUUGAUCGAGGACGUGCAGACUUUGGUCGAAAAUGAAAACCCUGAAAUUGGAUGGUCACUGCGGGCCGACGAGGCAACUUCGUUAAACUGGACCGCGUAUCACCGUCUCGACGUCAUAUACAAUUGGCUCGACGAAUUAGCGGAGACUUAUCCAGACCUCGUGGAGGUGAUCGUUAUUGGAAAUUCGUACGAGGGUCGAUUAAUAAAGGGGAUCAAGAUCACGUUCGAUGAAGAUAAUCCUGGAAUAUUCAUCGAAGGAGGCAUCCAUGCCCGCGAGUGGAUAACUCCAGCCACCGUCACCUAUCUGACGAACGAAAUCCUGACGUCUACAAACGACGCGUUCAACCUGAUCGCCAGGGCUCAUAACUGGUUUAUAUUUCCAAGUACAAAUCCCGACGGUUAUGAAUACACUCAUACAACGAACAGGAUGUGGCGGAAAACGAGACAACCGUACGACAAUGACUGUUGGGGUGCCGACCCGAACAGAAACUGGGACUAUUACUGGCUAGCCAACGGCGGAGCUAGCAACAAUUCCUGCAGCGAGACUUACGCUGGUUCCGAACCAUUUUCCGAGGUUGAGGUCAAGGCGUUGGCCGACUACAUCGCCACGGUCAGCGAUAAAUUUUACAUUUAUUUGAGUAUACACAGUUACAGCCAGCUGAUUUUACUGCCGUACGGAUACACCUACGAUCAUUUGGACAACUAUGAGGAAGCUAUGCAUGUCGGAGAAAUUGCGGCCGCGGCUUUGGCCAGAAGAUAUGGUACCGAGUACAUCGUAGGAUCGACUGCCGAAGCAAUUUAUGUUGCCAGUGGUAGCAGUACCGACUACGUGAAAGCAAUCCACAAAACUCCGAUUGUCUAUUGCUACGAAUUCAGGGACACUGGGACCUACGGAUUCCUGCUUCCUGCGGAACAGAUUAUCCCCAAUUCUCUUGAAUUUAUUGAUUCGCUCAUUGCGGUAAUUGGCGAAACCAGAAAUCUCGGGUACCCGGAAAUUCAUACUAUCGGUUAACUCGAACAUCGUGAAAUCCAUUCGGAUCGCAACGACCAUGAUUAUCCUACCGAUCUGUUGUUACAUUAGACAUUUAAAAAUAAAUUGUUUUAAAUGGCAUGAAGAAGUAUACAGUUACGUAUCUUAUUUUAACAUUGAUAUUUGAAGAAAA